AUGCCAUCACAAGCUGGUGCGUUCAUGGGGUCUGCAGGUGUCCAGCAAAUGCAAGGAUCAGUGCCUGGAGGUAUGCCACAAGGGAUGCCAGGGGCCGCUGGCCAGGCGCCCUCAUUCUUCGCCCAUGGCCAGCAGCCCCAGGCGUCGCAGCCAUUCCUGGGCGGUGCUGCAGGUCUGGGCUUUGGCCAGCCAAACAAUGCCUUUCAAGGGCAGGGUCAGAUGCCUGGAUUGUUUGGGCAGCCUGGUCAACAACCUGCAUACCAGCAAGCCAACCAACAGGUCAGGUACCAAGCAGCCAACCAGCAGGGCGUCGCAGGGUUCCAACCCUUUGGGCAGCAGCCUGCCUACCAAGCAGCAAACCAGCUGGGGAUGUACCAGCAGGCGGGGCAGCAGGGUGGGUUCCCCCAGUACCAGAGCGGCAUGCCACAGGGUCAGACACCAGGCAUGGGCUUUGGUGUGGGCCAGGCAAUUCCAGGAGCUGGCGUCAUGAAUGGCAUGCAGACCCCGCAGGCAGCCAAUGGUGGGCUGCAGCCCCAGAUGGCCGCUGUGAGUUCGCAGCCUGGCGGGAUCAUGUCAGCAACGUCUCUGUCGACUCCAGCCCAGGAGGGUCAGGGUGGAGACGGUGGCCUGUUCCGCAAUCUUGUUGAGGAUGUGAGGGGCAGCCUGCCAAAAACCCAGAACACGUCCAGCACGAUGGGUGGUUUGGGUGGCCUGGGCAGCCUGGGUGGCCUUGGUGGCUUUGGUGGCAUGCCUCAGGCCGGAUACCAGUCUGACCCUGCCAGCCUGCAGCAGGGGUAUGGCAACCCCAAGCCCGGCCUGAGUCCAUCUCCUUUGAUGGGUCAGCCCCCCCUGAUGAGUCAGUCGUCACUCAUGGGAACGACCCCGCAGAACACAUUUUCGACUUCGGGCAACCCGUUCGCCUAA